GCUGCACGAAAAGCAGGAAGCAGACAGAGCCCCGUGUGCGGUUAGCUCGGAGCUAACGCUAAAAACACUUUGUUAAAAUGUCCAAAGGCCAAACGCUGAGAGCUUUGGUGAAUGAGCGGCUGACUGCGGCUGCUGAAGAGAUCUUUGCGCUGUUUGAAAGAACGAUAGCGGAGUAUGAGGAGGAACUGUGUCGCUCCAAAGAGGAGAACCAGAGGAACCAGGACACUCCACAGACUCCACGGAUUAAAGAGGAGCCAGAGGAGCAGAGCGUCAAACAGGAGGAAGACACGCUCCCAGCACAGCUCCCAGUGGGUGUCCUAGAGUCCAGUGCUGUCUGUGUGAAGACAGAAGAGUCCUCACUGCUUCAACAUAGACAAACUGAGCACAGAGAGGAAACACAGGGAGAGGACAUCAGCACAGAGCCACAUUUACACUCAGAGACUGAGGGACACAUGGAGCACUCCUCUGACACUGACAAUGAUGACGACUGGAGAGCUCCAUUCAGCUUUUCAGCUGCACAGAUGGAGACAGAGGCUGAUGGAGACAACUGCAACCAAGUCCAGAAAGGCCAAACGCUGAGAGCUUUGCUCCCAGUGGGCGUCCCAGAGUCCAGUGUUGUCUGUGUGAAGACAGAAGAGUCCUCACUGCUUCAACAUAGACAAACUGAGCACAGAGAGGAAACACAGGGAGAGGACAUCAGCACAGAGCCACAUUUACACUCAGAGACUGAGGAACACAUGGAGCACUCCUCUGACACUGACAAUGAUGAAGACUGGAGAGCUCCAAUCAACUGUUCACCUGCACAGAUGGAGACAGAGGUUGAUGGAGACCACUGCACCCAAGUCCAGAUCAGAGCCAGAAGCAUCGCUGCACCAAACUCAGGUCUAUCCCCCAAAUACAAGUCUGCACCAGAGACCAGUCCCAUUGUGAACUAUGGAGACAUGUCAGGAACAGCCCAAGGAGCUGACAAGAAGGAACAUCAGUGCUCUGUGAGUAUGAAGAGGUUUGGGUUUAAGCAGACUUUACAAAAACACAUUAGAGUUCAUACAGAAGAGAAACCAUUUAGCUGUUUAAUUUGUAAGAAAACAUUUACUGCAAAGACCAGUCUAAAUAACCAUAUAAAAAUACACACUGGUGAACGACUUUACAGCUGUUCAACAUGUGAGAAAACAUUUACCAUGAAGAGUUAUCUUAAUACACAUAUAAAAAUACACACUGGAGAGAAACCUUACAGCUGUUCAACAUGUGAGAAAACAUUUACCCAAAAAGCUAAUCUAGAUUCCCAUGUGAAGAUUCACACAGGAGAGAAACCAUUCAGCUGUUCAACAUGUGAAAAAACAUUUGCCAAAAGGUGCAAUCUAGUUGCACAUAUGAGAAUACACACAGGCGAGAGACCAUUCAGUUGUUCAAUAUGUGAGAAGGCAUUUUCUGAUAAGCAUACUCUUGUUCGACAUCUGAGAACACACACAGGAGAGAAACCUUACAGCUGUUCAACAUGUCAGAAAACAUUUACCUUAAAGGGUAAUCUAGAUAAACAUGAAAAAGUACACACAGGAGAGAAACCUUACAGCUGUUUAACAUGUGGUAAAACAUUUAGCCAAAAAGCCAAUCUAUAUUCCCAUGUGAAGCUACACACAGGAGAGAAACCAUUCAGCUGCUCAACAUGUGAGAAAACAUUUACUCAAAAAGUCAAUCUAGAUUCCCAUGUGAAGAUUCACACAGGAGAGAAACCAUUCAGCUGUUCAACAUGUGGGAAAACAUUUACUCAAAUAGCCAAUCUUGAUUCCCAUGUGAAGAUGCACACAAGAGAGAAACCUUACAGCUGUUCAACCUGUGGGAGGACUUUUGCCACAAAGGCUACACUAAGGCAACAUGAGAAAACACACACUGGUGAGAGCCCUUACAGUUGUUCUAUUUGUAAGAAAGGGUUUAAACUUAGACAGUAUUUGAAGAAACACAUGAAAAUUCACAGAACAGAAAGUGACUGAAGACUUAUUGGUUGUGUUCAUGACGUCUUUGUAAUUCUUCAGUUGUCCAGAUCUGAUCCAUAGCAGAAGAUGAAGUUUAAAUCUGUCAAAUGGACAAAUUGUUGUUUCCUCAGAAAGACAAUCCUUAAACAGGAAUGGGGGCUUUAGACAUCAUCUAUCCCCCCAUCUAUUACUCCAUCCUCAGACCCAAGCAGAGAAGAAUAGCAGGGUUGAAUAGAGAGUUUCAGCUGAAACUGGAGACAAUAGCUGUUUACAGUGUCAGUGUAGUUAGCCCCUCCCUUCAGACAGACUUAAGGCAAUGUCCACCAGCAAUCUGAACAGAACUGAAGAAUAGGCUUGGAUGAGCAGCCAAACAUCUUCACUCCAACAACAAUUUGUUCAGUUGACAGAUUUAAUUUUGUGUUUUGCUUGUGUUCAUGAGAUAACAAGAACUUUGUGUUGGAGUCUGAUACUUCAUUUUGAAUGAAAAUCUUGUCACAAUAAAAAUAGCCUUGUUUUUAUUAAAGUCUAAUUUGAGCACC